AUGAUCUAUGUUGAUCGGCAAAGCGGUAAAAACUCUCCCUGUUCAAGAGUAUCAGGCGACUCAACUCAAACGCUGCCGAUAGCACCGACUCGCAAUGGAAACGAUGCUGGCCUUCCCGCCAAUACCUCCCCCACCCACUUCCAGUGUUUUAAAAGUGUUUCCCCAACAAAAACUGUAGUUAGCAAACACAAGGGCACGCCGAAAACUAGCAUUCCCACUUCAUAUACCAGCACAAGGUCAGCCGCAGUUAUGGCUCUGACUUUGCGAAGCCCAACAGCAACUGGCCAGGGAUCGGUACUGAAGUGCUCCCCAAACUGUCGACAAAAGUCCACGGCCAACAGCUCUGUGGAAUCUACAUUCUCGACACAAAAGGAGCAACACAUGUCCACUUCAGUGUCGGAGACUACGGAAGUUCGGCCCACGGCCGUAAGACAAAAUGGCACUGGUGAGUUGUAUUCGGGUGGUUCUAGCAGCUCUGACAAUGACGGCGUAUAUAACUCCACCUCCUCGUCCGCUACGGCUUUACGUCGUUUCUACUUUAAAAGUGGUCGCAGCUCCAAAGCGAAAACCAGCGCAAAAUCUUCCGCAACUACAAGCAACAAAUUAACGAACAAUUCUGCGGUCAGCAACACGACCCUCCUAUACCAUGCAUCGAUGGAGGGAACCCCUGUCACUCAUAGCAGCCAAACAACGUCCAAUAGUAAAACUGUACCCAAGGUUGUAGUUAUGGGAUCGUCCACUGCCUCGAUGUCCGACGCUAUUAUAAACACAUCAACGGAUUCAGCUUCGACAAUGGUUACCAACGUUACGCAGACCGAUACCUCUGAAACAUGCGAUUCUUUAGAUUUAGGUGACAAUUCAGGCCAAAGUGAACCAAUAUUCAGUUCAUUAGAAGAACCCCUGCUCACUGCUAUACAGAUUGACUCCGAGCAAGAAAUUACGGAAUUUGAGUUGACAAGCUGUUCGUCAUACUCGAGGCCUGAUGUAAUCCUUCGAGAUAGUACUGAGGAGAGCCAAGAGUCGUGCCUUUCGAUAUUGACAGGCGACGUUGCAUCUACAACACCAUUAUUAGCGUCAUGCCGAAAGAAUGCUACAAUGUCGUCAAGUGCCACGAAGACAGAUAAGCCGAGAUUGCCCAGUACGGCGCCACCACCAUCGAGUGAGGGCAAACACUUCACAUUUGACCAGCCUCGGUCGCCCAAAUCCGCUCGUUGCAGUGACAAGUCACGUACUUUGUUUACAUUCCAAGACGAAGGAAGCUGUCCGCAACACAGAAAAUACCAACAAAAACACAGCAAACAAGGAUUGGAAAAUGACUCAUAUGAGAUGCAAACGUGUGUGGGCCACUUCUAUGACGAACAUACUAAUUUCGACGAAACAGCAAGAAAGCCGAGGGACGAGACGACUACCAGGGAGCCCAAUCGUUAUGCAGCCCGCGCAACCAUUGCCCCGCAAAGAACUAGUCCGAAGCGUGAGAGACGUCGUUCACCUUCGUCUGCAACUUCGAAAGUGAAUUCAGCUCCGCCCACCAUUAAAGACAGCCAUUUUUUCGACAACUCGAAUAUGCCCAUACGAAAGCAACUCUCUCCAACCUCGCAGGCACAACGCAAAUAUUCCUCUAGUUCGUCUUCCGGCGGCAGUGAGCGAUACAAGGACAACAUUAUGUUCCCCUUUGACAGGGAGGCACUGGACUAUGAGCGCAUUCAGCGCGAAUGUUUUGCCGUCAAUGAAAAUUCAAGCUCGUCAACAACCACCAGCGACACCGACGAAGCGGAAAAUAGUUCCGUGUAUGAGCGAACUAAGCGCUGCGAUACCACCACCAAUCCUGCCGAUUUCUAUCAACAAUAUACUCUCCUGUCGAAAACGGAACAAAAACAAAUAUCCCGCAAGAACUCCAAACGUUUGCGUUCAGAUUCCAUCGCACAAAAAUAUGUACCCAAAUCGGAUGCUUUCUGUCCAAAAUCGAUUAACAGUUCUCCCACCCACGUCCACCAUUCACCCAACUCCCACAUAGAACUGAGAAAGUUCGAAGAUAUAGCCUCGAAAUUCGAACAAAUGGCACCCAAACAUGGGUCCAUUUCAAACCUCGCCAUAAAACCACCCAGUCCCAACGCCAGCAAUUUGAAGAAUUUGCCGAACAACAGCAACAAUGAAUGCCUCUCACCAGCUAACAGCAGUCCGAGUCAUUCACGCAGCACUACACCACCCCUCCCCAAUGUGCGAGUAGACUUCUUUGCGGAGAAAAUUCCGCCAAUGCACUCGCGAAAGAUAUCGUUUAAAAAUAAAACGAAUGUUGUCAUCCCAGCCAUUGAGGAAAUCGAAAGUGCUGCCUCUGGCAAUCCAGCAGCGCACGACUUUUUGGGUGACUGCCAAUACAACGCUAAAUCUGCCUUGCCUUGCCCCAAUAAUGGUGCUAUUCACGUUGCAACAACCCACACAACUGGCGGGCCCAUAAAUGUGACAGCCAAUCCUUUGGAAACUACUGCUGUAUGUCCGCAGCCACCACGGGCCACAAUUGUAGUACAACAAGUAAGUAUACUAUUAUAG